AACGAAAUAUACGGAAACCAUGGAACAGUAUAUAUCGCGAGGUCACGCAGAGAAAGUGCAAGCAAGCGAUCACAAGGAACAAAGUAACCGAACAAGUCCCCGGUGGUACCUACCUCACCAUCCCGUGAUGCACCAACAAAAGCCCGAAAAGGUCAGAGUUGUCUAUGAUUGUGCGGCAUCUUACAAUGGAACAUCGUUAAACGAGCAGCUGCUGCAAGGUCCGGAAUAUACGAACUCGUUGGUUGGAGUGUUACUACGUUUCCGAAAGUAACGUAUGGCAUUCUUAUCAGACGUCGAGCAGAUGUU